GACCACUAGAGGUUCUGGCUGGAAAAUUAUUUUUGUCCUAUUUAAUUAAUUUAAAUUUUGAUUAUUUUAAAUUAUUUUAAUCCUCAAUUACAAUAAUACCUUAUUAUUGUUGAAAUACAUUCAAAUUACAUAUCGAUUUAGAUUAAAUUAAUAAAACAAUGGCAAGGAUGAAUAUUUUUAGUUGAAGAUAACACCGCGCGCUUCUCUCUACCAAAUAGUAUAGGUAUUGAUCGCGGGAAAUAUACGCGCAAACGCUUUCCAAAAAUGAAAAUGCUCCACAAUCCGAAAAUCGAGAAACAAAAAUAAUAGGCGAUAAAAAAUGAAAAAUGCCUUAGGAUAUUCAUAAAAUAAGUUUCUUCAUAAAAGUGCAAAACGCUCGCGAGUGAAGUGCGCUGAAUUGUAAUAAUUAAAGACAAAUAAGGAACAAUUUUGCUAUAUUAUGGGUUCUCCUGUGCUUAAAACACUAUCUGUACUUUUAGGACUUUUUUUUAUUUUCGUGGGAAUUAUUAAAAUAUCUAGUAUUGUUUCAAAAGACUUACACAAAGACUUGCGAAAAGAAUACGUGAAAUACGCCAAAGUUUUUCCAUUAUCGGAAGUACUCAAUUUUAAAAUACCAUCGAAAUGGUACCGAAGAACGGUGGGAGUAUUGGAAAUUGUUUUUGGAGCUGCCAUGGCUUUUUAUCCAAACCACAAAAUCAAAAAUGGUGCCAACAUGGGGCUUCUGGUGCUCACCUUUAUGGCCGUGUACUCCCACUAUAUGGUAGCUGACCAUUUUGAAAGAACCGCACCAGCUCUGGUGUUUCUAUUUCUACUCUGUGGAAGGCUCGUGGUAUUUUUCCAGGUGCAACGAAAGGAGCAACUUUCUGCCGAACAACCUGUAACCAAUGGAUUCAAACAGGAAUAAAUUUAAUCGACUCUAUACAGCUUCUUUGACCAAAAUGUCUAGAAUAAUAGGUUUGGUUCUAAUAAAAAACACAAGCGAAAUUUGUGAUUUUUCGUUGAAACUCAUUUGAAUUAUACAUGAUGUAAAUUAUAAUUUAUUUUUAUGUUGUUUUUUUUUUACUUUUUUAUUUCUUGUUUCAUAUUUAGCUGUUCUUAAAUGUUAAGGAUUGAUGCUGAUUAUAAUGUGAUAUUGACCACCAAUUUUUGUUUUGGUAGAUAAUGUAAGUUAGUAUAAUUUAGGUAAAUGAAAGUAAUAGAACAAUUUCAAAAAUAAAAUAAUCAUAAAAGUAAUAAUAAUUAUAUGUGUUUAGGAAACGAAAUAGUCAAAGAAACGUAAUACAAUUUUUAGCUAACGAAAAUGCACUAAUAAAGUACAAUUUAAAAAAAUAAUAAUUAUCAUCAUUUUUUGGGCAUUUUAGUGCCAAAUGAUUUUUGGUUAUUCAGGGCUGGAUUUUAUAAAGUUUCUAUUCAAUGUAGCCAAUAUUUAAAAUACUUAGGUAUAGAGGCUUUAAUGAUGUUUUUUUUUUUAGCCUAGUGAAAUUUGCCCAAAUUGCUAAAAAAUGUUUUUAUCACAAAAAAUUUUGGAUUACCUAUUUUUUUAUAUUUUCGAAGGUUCUUCAGAAAUGUUGGUAGGUACAUCCAGCCCAAAAAUAUUUCAUGCACAAAAAGACUUUAAAAGAAAUUUUAUUUUAAAUAGUAGGUAUUUUUAGGAUUUCCAAUAAAAAAAGAACUGUAGUACUAACAAAAAAUAUUUCAACCAUGUUUCAGACUAUACCUUCCUUGCUAUACAAGAAAACUAUAACAUUACAAUAAAAAAAAUUUGAAAUACUCUGUAAUAUAUCCUGGCGGGCCAUCCAAAAUAUAAGCAACAUUAGAUGCACACAAAAAUACCUUGUGAUUCAAAAGAAUCACUUGUCUAUGGAUGGCCGCCUCUAAUACAGUUUAACAAAUUAAGUUCAAAUUUGAGGGUCUGAGUAAUAGGUAUCAUUUUCUUACAUUUAAAUUUGUUAAACAUAAUGUUUCUUUAAAAAAUACAGAAACAUACGCAAAUGGCUCUAUUACCAAAAAAAAUUAAAAUUGUUAAAAAAAAAAUACUGGAAAAAUAGAGCCAUUUCAAAUCGCCAACACACUGCCCUAUCGAUGUCGUGCGUGCCUGUGCCUGUGUAACAACUGUAUAAAUGUUUAUUGGGUUUCACUAAAUAAACUGCUGCAAGAAUUUUUUGAACUAUUUAAGAAAACCUUGUCCUCUCUGUAUGGGAUCCAAGUUCAGAUUCGAAAAUAGACCUGCGAUAUAUUUAUAUUUAAAUUUGGAAGCCUUGGAGAUACAUAUUACCUAUACAUUUAAGUUGGGACUGGACAACUCGGUGCAUGUGUGUUUUGUCCACACGAACACUGUGAUCUAAUUAUUAUUAUUAGGCAAACAAUCUUGCAAUUUGUUUUAAAUUAAUAUCCCAGUUAAAAAAAUUUAUUUUUUUGAAAUUGCCGCUAUUUCGAAAAUAGAAAAUAUUGAAAUUGUUUGAAAGUUAACUUAUUUCUUAGAUAGAUAAUAUUUACACUUGUGACAUUGAACUUGACUAUACCAAGAACGGAAAACAUUCCAAUAGACCCACACGCUGAAAAACG